CUUCAUUUCAACUCUUUGAACACUCACCACGUGUACUAGGGUGAAAAUGAGCAGUAUGGAGUCGCCAGAGCGUGAGAAGUCUGCGCCUCAGCCUGAGGAGCCCGUUACUUCCAUCGAGGAUGACGGCGCCAUCACCGAGGAUCAGUGGCAAGGCAUGGGCGAUAUGCUCAUGGCGAUCUACGAUUUUCGCGAGCAGGAUGGUCAUGACCCCUCGCGACUGUUCCACCGCAGUGUCAACAAGCGCAUUGUCCCCGACUACUACGAUAUUAUCAAGGAGCCAAUGGCCCUCAGCAUUAUCAAAGCAAGGAUCAACAAGCGAGAAUACAAGCAAAUUGCGAAUUUCGUGCGCGAUUUUGCCUUGAUCCCUCACAAUGCGCAGACGUACAAUCGACCCAAGUCACAAGCGUACGAGGAUGCGCUAGUCAUCAAGGAUGUUAUCGUCUCGGAGUUGAAGAAGCUAGUCGAGAAGGAUUUACUCGGCGCUGAAGAAGCUGAGUUGCCGGAUCUAGGUGAAAUCCCUGAGGCAGACCCCUUGCCAGAUGACGAUGAAGAAGAUGAGGAAGAAGACGAGGACGACGAGGAGGACACCGACGACGAGCGUCGCAAGAAGAAGCCAGGGCCCAAGCCAGGUUCCAAGCGUGGAGGUCAGAAACAGGAGCCUGAUACGCGCAAGAAACGCGGAAGGCCCCCACGAGUCGAUACCCCAAUGGAAACCCGGAUCAAGACCAUUCUCAAGGGAAUCCGCAAGCACAAAGGCCCAGGCGGCCAACUGAAAAUCUCCCAUUUUGAACGCCUUCCGGACAAGAUCACUUAUCCCGAUUACUACAUGGAGAUCAAGGAGCCGAUUGCUAUUGAUAUCAUCAAGCGCAAGGCCAAGCGCAAGAAGUACAACUCGGUUGAUCACUUCAUGCGGGAUCUAGAUCUCAUGUUCAACAACGCCAAGGCUUACAACCAAUCAGAGAGCCAGAUCUACAAGGAUGCCGUCGACCUACAGGGCGAGGCGCGCAAAUUGGCUGAACAAGAGAAGAAGAAGCCUGACAGCGAGUAUCUGAUGGAAGACGGACGCUUCCCCCUGCCAGAUGGUAUCUUGUACCGCAACGAGCUGUGGAAGGUGGGUGACUGGGUCCACAUUCAAAACCCAAACGAUGUGUCCAAGCCCAUUGUCGCCCAGAUCUACCGGACAUGGCAGGACUCGGAAGACCAGAAGUGGAUCAAUGCUUGCUGGUAUUAUCGGCCGGAGCAGACUGUUCAUCACUUUGAGAAGCAUUUCUACCCCAACGAAGUGGUCAAGACUGGCCAGUACCGCGACCAUCGGGUCGAGGAAAUUGUCGACCGUUGUUUCGUCAUGUUCUUCACUCGCUACAGCCGAGGCCGCCCCCGCGAUCUUCCCCCAGACAAGGACAUCUAUGUGUGCGAGGCUCGAUACAACGAGGAGAAACAUAAGCUCAAUAAGAUCAAGACAUGGGCUAGCUGCUUGCCGGAUGAGGUGCGCGAGAAGGACUAUGAAAUGGAUCUAUUUGAUGUCCCCCGCAAGAUCAAGAAGGUUCCGAGUCCGAUCAAACAUCUACUGAAGAGUGAUGCUAAAGAGACUGAUGACCUGCCUCGACCAACUUGGGGCGCUGAUAAUGCGCCGCCAGUGGUGGGUGCGGUGCAUCGCCGCCCAAGAGAUGAGAAUGAAUCUCCUCCACCAGAGCCAACCCCCUCGCCGCCUCCGCAACCACCGGCUUUACCACCACAAGCCAUGCCAGUUGCCACUCCCCGCCAACCCAUGAGCCAACCGAUUGCCAAUGCCAAUCUGAUUUCCGCAGGAGCUAUGGCAACUCCCCAGCUCCAAGCCCCAUCACCUGCAGUCUCAGUGGCACAGACCUCUCCAGUACCCGUUCCUCAAGCCCCAUACCAGGCUCAAAUGAACCCGCAGAUGUAUCAAGGGCCAAAUCAGCGGCGUCCAAGCAAUUUCAUGCCACAGACCCCGACUGCGGCCUACCAAGGUUCGCCAGCACCGGCACCAUAUUCAGCCGCACCACCACAAUACAGCACGUACCUCACGAACCGGGCUCACCCUACCGCAGCAGCAGCACCAAUCUACAAUCCCAACGCCCCGCGUCCAAUUGAAGUCUACCACCUCAACGAGGCCGCCAACAGCGCAAUCCCCGCCGAUAUCCGAUCCCAAUUCCACUGCGACGCCCAGGGCCACGUCCUCUUCUUCUCCGUGCCACCGCUAGACUUGAUUCCACCCUCAGAGCAAAAACUAAGCCACUCACUCAAGUACCUCGCCUCGAAAGAGGAACGAGCGAAAAAGGUCGCUGAGCGGAAACGCAAACUCGCCGAAGAACAGCGCGAGCGCGAAGAAGCAGCUAAGCGUCAACGUGCAGAUGAAGUAACCGACUUGGCUCGUCGGAUUGAAGCGUUAACCCCGAAAGCCAUCGAGAGUAUGGUGCAGCAGGUGGUUUCCGGCACGGACCAAUUUUACAAGACUCUCUACGACGAUCAAGCAGAGAGUGUACGGGCCGCAGAUGAAAAGGUGCGGGAAAGCAGGAUUCAAGCUGAUCGUGCAAAUGACCAGCUUAUUGCGCAGAUUCAGGCGCAGACUAAGGAUGAGGGAUUUGUUAGCUUGAAGGGGAGUGCGAUGUACCUCGGGGAUAAUUAAAGGGUGUUCAACGGGGUUAGCGAGAUUCAAGGGCACCAACGUGGAAUUGUGGAAUUGGUGUUAUAUGUUCUUGUUAGGACAAUGCAUGGGGUGUCAAUGCAGAUUAGAUUGAUGCCUGGUUCAUGGCUUAGCGUCUG